AUGCUAGAAGAUCUUACUGCGUUAUUGAUUAAAUUUAGAGAACAUGCGAUUGGCAUUAUAGCAGACGUUGAAAAAGCAUUUUUACAACUAGGCCUUCAAGAACCAGAUAAAGACGUGACGCGCUUUCUUUGGCUGAAAAAUAUCAAUGAUUCAGUUAACAAAGAAAAUAUAUUAACUUUAAGAUUCUGUCGAGUACCUUUUGGAGUUAUUUCUAGUCCAUUUCUCCUUAAUGCUACAAUAAAAUACCAUUUAAUGAAAUCUAAUAACUCAAUUUUAAACCAGAUAGCCGACGAUAUUUAUGUAGAUAAUAUUAUAACUGGUGCUAAAUCGGUUUUAGAGGCACAAAACAUAUACAACACGUCUAAAUUAGCCUUUAACGAUUUGUCUAUGAACUUAAGGGAGUGGAAUUCAAAUUCAAAAGAUUUUCUUUCACGUAUACCUGAUAAAUUUUGUAGAGAUAUUGAGGCAGUUAAAGUUUUAGGUUUAAUAUGGAAUACGAGGGAUGAUAAAUUAUUAUUGAAAUAUGAUAUUAGUCAAACAGAUUUAGAUUCAGUUUACACAAAACGAAGUAUUUUAAAAGUAAUUGCUUCGGUUUAUGAUCCUUGUGGUUAUGCUGUUCCAAUAGUGCUUCCAGCUAAAUUAUUUUUCCAGAAGUUAUGGAAACAAAAGAUUUUAUGGGAUACUAAGAUUAAUAGUAAUUUACUUAAUGAGUGGAAGCAAAUAAUAUCGAAGUUUAGUUAUCUUAAAAAUAUCAGCAUUGACAGAUAUUUCUUAAAAAGUAUAGGUAACACCAGGGCUAGUGAAAAAAUGAGACAUGAAUUACAUUGCUUUACUGAUGCUUCUACGGAAGCAUACGCUGCAUGUAUAUAUUUACGUAGUUCUUGGGGUACUAGUAAUAUUGUCACUUUUAUUAUUGGCAAGUGUAGAUUAGUACCUAUUAAAGAGCAAGUUAAUUUACAGAUUCCAAAACUAGAAUUGCUUGGAGCACUUAUUGGAAAUAGACUAUUACAGUACGUAAAUAAAAAUUUAAGGUUAAGUUUAAAGGCGCAGGUUUUGUGGACCGAUAGUCAAAUAGUUUUAGGUUGGUACCAUUCUAGUAAGCUUCUUUUGCCUUUUGUGUCGCGGAGGAUUAAUGAAAUCAAGCAAAAUAAAACUUUAAUUCUUAGGUAUAUACCUGGUCAAUACAAUCCAGCAGACAUAGGUACGAGAUCUGACCGGAUAGAUCAUUAUGAUAGGUGGCUCAAAGGUCCAGACUUUUUACUAGAUAACUCUGAAAAUUGGUUUUCUAUGUUUAAUAAUUGUGUAUAUCAAGUGGAAACGCAAAUCUCUUCUGUCGGGGAGGGUCUCUCGAAUGAGAAUACAAAUAAUAAAAGCACUUUAGUUGAGAAUGAAAGUAAUAUAAAUAAUUUAGAUAUGACAAGUACAACCGAAUUAGAUAAAGAACCAAUUAGCGAUAGUGACAGUGAUUUAGAAAUUAUUUUGAAAGUACAAGCUCAAUAUUUUCCGGAAGAAACGAAAGAAAAACAUUCUGGGUUCCUCAUGGUAGAUCAACCGUACAAAAGAUUCUUAGAAAAUGCCGAAAUUGCU